UUUAAUUUUCUCAAACGGCAAUCGUCUUCGCCAAAACCAAAUUCUUUCCGCCAUUCUCGCCAAAACUUUGUUGUCGCACGCACCCGAGAAUUGUUGUUUUACUAUUUUGUAUAAUUUCUAUAUUUUUAAUUUUAUUUCAUUAUAUUUAUUUUGUAUUUUAAACUUGAUCGAAUUUUAAUAUCCCGAAAAGUUAUCCAAGAGGAUUUUCGAGAACAACCAUUCUAAGACAAAAUGGAGCCCACAAGUCGCCAAAAUGCCUACAAAAAUAACUCCAUCAACAGUCAGGAAAUGCGGAUGAGGAGACACGAGGUCACCAUUGAACUGCGCAAAUCCAAGAAAGAGGAUCAACUGUUCAAGAGACGCAACAUCAACGAGGACGAUGUAGUGUCGCCCCUGAAGGAAGUCAAUGGCCAGUCGCCGGUUCAAAUGUCUGUGGACGAGAUUGUGUCGGCGAUGAACAGCCCCGAUCCAGACCGCCAAUUUGCCGGUACUCAGGCCGCCCGUAAGAUGCUCAGCCGAGAACGUAAUCCCCCCAUUGACAUGAUGAUUGGACAUGGAAUUGUUCCAAUUUGUGUACGAUUCUUGCAAAGAUCCGAUAACGCACUUUUGCAAUUCGAAGCCGCAUGGGCAUUGACCAACAUCGCUUCGGGUUCAUCGGAGCAGACUCGAUGUGUCAUCGAUGCCGAUGCUGUACCUCAUUUCAUUGCCUUGUUGCAGUCGAAGAUGAUAUCGGUGGCGGAGCAGUCUGUCUGGGCGCUGGGUAACAUUGCCGGUGACGGCGCUAAGACCCGCGACAUCGUUCUCAGUCACAGAGUAGUGGAUGGCAUCCUGCAGCUAAUCAACGAAAACACGCCGUUGUCGUUCCUGCGGAACAUCGUCUGGUUAAUGUCGAAUUUGUGUCGGAAUAAGAAUCCAUCGCCACCAUUCGAAGAGAUUAAACGUUUGCUGCCAGUUCUAUCGCAAUUGCUGUGCGGCAAUGAUGUUCAAGUACUUGCCGACGCAUGUUGGGCCUUGUCCUAUGUCACAGACGAUGACAAUGUUAAGAUCCAGGCUGUUGUGGAUACUGGAGUCGUGCCGCGGCUGGUGAAUCUGCUGGCUACCGACGAACCGAGUAUCAUUGUGCCGGCAUUGCGCAGUGUGGGCAACAUUGUCACAGGCACAGAUCAACAGACUGACGCCGUAAUCGCCGCUGGUGGCCUUCCAAAAUUAGGAUUACUUCUGCAGCACUCUAAACAUAACAUUGUAAAGGAAGCAGCAUGGACUGUUAGUAACAUAACUGCUGGAAGUCAAAAACAAAUUCAAGCUGUUAUCGAUGCAGAUAUUUUCGUGCACAUUCGCAAGGUCAUGGAAAAGGGUGAUUUUAAGUCGCAGAAAGAAGCUGCCUGGGCGGUAACGAACACCACAACCAGUGGCACUCCUGAACAAAUUAUCGAUCUCAUUGAAAAAUAUCAAGUUCUGAAGCCGUACUGUGAUCUAUUGGAAGCUAAAGACGCCCGAACUAUCAAAGUUGUUUUGUCCGGGCUAACGAAUUUGUUUGCAUUGGCCGAGAAACUCGGUGGCACUGAGAGUCUUUGUUUGACGAUAGAACAAAUGGGCGGAUUGGAUAAACUGGAGAGUUUGCAAACACACGAAAACGAAGAAGUCUACAAGAAGGCCUAUGCCAUUGUGGAUUCGUACUUUAGCAACGGAAAUGACAAUGAGUCGGAAUUGGCUCCGAAAGAGUUGAAUGGUGCACUCGAUUUUAAUUCGUCAUCACAAGCAAACGCGCCUGAGGGAGGAUUUAAUUUUUAAUUUUACAUCCCUCGUUACCCCACAUCGUUUUGUUACUUACAUUUUUCUCCAAACUAUAUUUUUAUAAUUCAUUUUUAUUUUGUUUCGAUUGUGUACAAUUGUUUACUUUUUAAUAUUUCAUUUAUUUGAUACAAAAAAACAAAACCAGUACCACAUGCAUAUAUUCAUAAAUCAUGUUAUCAUAUAUUCCAAUA